AUGCUAGUCCGAGUUAGUACCCUACCCAAGGAGAUUAAAGACCUCGUCUUAACAGCUGCCGCUGUGCCUGACACGCGUCAGAAGGCCGGCAGCAGGAGGACCAAUAAGAGCAGCCCUAGCCUUGCACCAAUAGAAGAGGCUGCUUCUGUCGCUGCUGAUGCUACGGAUGCGACCGGGGCUGAUGGGACUGAGUCUGUAGCGAGUGUGACUGUAGCGGAGACAGCUGUAGCAGCGUCAGUAGCAGCCGCAGAUGAGGCGACAGGAGCAGCAGCAGCAGCAGCAGCAGCAGCAGCAGCAGCAGCAGCAGCAGCGGAGGUGAGGCAGAUGCUAGUAGCGGCCAGGCUAUCCCGCUGGUCUGCAGGCCAGUUCCUGCCCUUCGGUAUAGUCACACAGAGCCUGGGGCCGGCAGGGGACGCUGAGACUGAAACGAGGGCGAUUCUGGCGCAGUUUGGGAUCCAUGGGGCGGAUUUCUCGCCAGAGCGGGUGUUCACUAUCGACCCUCCCACUGCGCGCGACCUGGAUGAUGCUCUCUCUAUAACGAGGAUAAGGGCUGGGGGGGCUAAGGGGAAGAAAAAAGGAAAGGGGAAGGAGAAGGGGAAGGGGAAGGGGGGGUUAGGGAAGGUAGAGGGGGAGAAGGCAGAGGAGGAGAGAGAAGAGGAGGGGAAGGGGGAGAAGGAGGGAGGAGAGGAGGAGGAGGAAGAAGAGGAGGAGGAGGAGGAGUUGUACCAAGUGGUCGUUCACAUUGCUGACGUGUCAUACUUCAUACCGCCUGGAUCCGCACUAGAUGCCGAAGCCGCCCGGCGGUGCACGACAGUGUAUCUAAUCCAGCAGGCCAUGCCGAUGCUCCCCCGCCCGCUGUGCGAGGACCUCUGCUCGCUACAGCCGGGGGUUGACAGGCUGGCGUUCUCGGUGGUGUGGGAUGUGACUGUAACGGGGGAGGUGAGGAGGCAAUGGGCGGGAAGGUCUGUGAUUCGUCCGUGCGUCCAGCUGGCAUAUGGGCAUGCGCAGGAGAUGAUUGAUGGGAGGUUUGGGGGAGGGGAGGAGGUGGUGGGGUGGGGGCGGGAGGAGCGGGAGGGGAAAGUGGGGGAAGUGGGGGGAAUGGGGAAGGACGUGAGGGAGGAGAAGGAUGAUGAGAGUGGGAUUGGGAGUGUGAGUGAAGGGGGGAGUGAGGGGGCGGGGAGCAGAGGAGGGGGCGGAGAGGGCGGAGGAGGCGGAGGGGGCGGAGGGGGAGGAGGCGGUGGAGGGGUGGGGAAGCUGGACGGCAGAGUGAACGAGGACUGGCGGCCAGUCGUAUACGGAGGCCACAGGUGGCACGAUGUGAUUGGAGACGUGCUGGCACUGCACCGUAUAGCGCAGAGCCUGAGGAAGGCGAGGGAGGAUAGAGGCGCUCUGAUGCAGCUGCAGACGUCCAAACUGAGAUUCUCCUUCGAUGCUGAGGAGGAGGAGGAGGAAGAAGAUUCAUUGAUUGUGGGCAGUGGGGAUGUGGACGUGGGUAACAACGCCAGCAACACCAACAGCAGCAGCGGCGGCGGCGGCGGCGGUGGCAGCAGCAACAGGUGGAGGCCUGUGGCGGCAGCGGUGGCUCCAGCGACAGCAGCAGCGAACCACCUGGUGGAGGAGCUCAUGCUGCUGGCCAAUACCACCGUCGCCAACAUUAUUUCCCGCGCCUUCCCGUCCGAUGCACUGCUCAGGCGCCACCCCCCGCCCAACGCCAAGAAGAUGGGUGAUUUCCUGCGCUUCGCCUGCCAGCAGGGCGUGCUCUCAGCAGGCUUCUGCAAGAAGCUGGUGCAAGAGUGCCCGGAACUGAAGCAGCUUAUAGCGGGUACAAGCGGGGGGAAAGGGCCAGGAGGCUUGGAGGAGAUAACAGAAGGGGAGACGGAGGGGGCCGGGGGUGGCAUGGAUGGAGUGAUACCGUCCAAAGUGCUAAGUGAAAUACUUAACGAGGUGGGGCGGGCGGUGGAGGAUCCAGGGGAGAAAGCGCUGCUGCUGCUGAUGGCUACUAAGCCCAUGCAGCUGGCUCAGUACUUCUGCCGAGGCCAGUGGGGUGGGGAUGAUGGUGAUGGUGAUGAUGGGGAUGAUGGUGGGGAUUGUGCAUAUGGUGGGGACGACAAUGAUGGGUUUUUCAGGGGUGGUGGAUUUCGGGGAGGUAGAUCUGGGGGAGGCAGGUCUGGGGGAGGUAGAUCUGGGGGAGGCAGAUCUGGCAGGGGAGGUAGGUCUGGGGGAGGUAGAUUCGGGGGAGGUAUAUCUGUGGGAGGUAGUUCUGGUGGGAAAGCAGGUACAUCUGGUGGAGAAGGCGAGUGGACGUCUCAUUACGGGCUGGCCCUCGACCUGUACACGCACUUCACCUCCCCCAUCCGCCGCUACGCUGACGUCAUCGUGCACCGCCAGCUGGCGGCCGCGCUGGCAGCAGAGGAGAGGCUUAUAGCGAGGAUGGGGCUGAGCAGCAGUGUGAAGUGGGAGAAGAAGGGAUUGGGUGCAGGAGGGGGAGCAGGAGCAGCAGGAGAGGCAGGUGGGGCAAAAGGUGAGAGGGGUGCAGCAGAAGGAGCAGGAGGGAAUAGGCAUGAGGUGAGUGGCGAUAUCAACGUUACGCUGCUGAGAAAGCUGACAGGGGUAGCGGCUGGAGGUAGAGUGCUCACUGCUGUGGGGGAUCCUCUGGGGCUGCUCGCAGGGUGUGGCGGGAGUGGGGCAGAGGGGAAGGGAGAAGGGACGGGAGAGGUUGCAGGGGAGGGUAUGCAGGGAGGGCGCGGAGGAGGGAGAGACGGGGGCAGGAGAGGAGGUAGAGGAGGGAGAGGAGGGAGACGGGGAGGGAGAGGACGGGGAGGAGGAAGGGGAGGGCGAGGAGGAGGAGGAGGAGGGGGUGGAGAGGCGAAUGAAGACAAGAAGAACCUGUUACGUCGCGAGCUGGUAACCGCAGUGCGGCACGAGUGCCAGCUGGUGCACAAGGAACGAGCGAUGCCGCCCGCCGACGCCGUCGCUGAUGUGGCGACGCGGUGCAACGAGAGGAAGCUCGCCGCCCGAUACGCGCAGGAGGCGAGCGAGCGGCUGUUCCUGUGCCUGCUGCUGCGCCGCACCCAGGGGUGCCUUUCCAAUGCAUGGGUGACCGCGAUUGGGCCGCGCUACAUGAAUGUCUACAUUGAACGCUUCGGGGCCUGGGUGGUGAAUAUCGGGCCGCGCUACAUGAACGUCUACAUCGAACGCUUUGGGAUGCAAGCAGGAGGCGAGCGAGCGGCUGUUCCUGUGCCUGCUGCUGAGGCGCACCCAGGGGUGCCUCUCCAGGAUGGAGCGACCCAUUCACUUCAACUCCCCAACUCCACCUGCCAGUGGGUCGCUGCCACUUGUGUUCUUCUCAUUCCUGUCUGUUUUUUCUGCCUGUUCUUCUCCUCCAUUUCCAUUGUACAGAUGGAACGGCAGAUUCACUUCAACUCGAUCCCCAACACCACUUGCCAAUGGGUCGCUGCCACUAGUAGUGUCAUCCUCAGCGCCAAGCCUCCGCCUUCCGAGGCUAGCGCCAAGGCUCGGAACGGAAAGGUCCGGAAGGACCAGGUUCAGAAUGGCGAGGUUGGGAAUGCCGCAGAGUGCAAAGCAGCAGCAGCAGUGGCAGGUCUACCAGUAAAUGAUCUGGCCCAUCUGAUAUCACCAUCAGCGUUGGUUCAGAAUGGUGGUGGUGGUGGUGAGGAGAGCAGUGGCAGUGCAGUGGGAAGCGAAGGUUUAGAGGAUUCUACUGGGGUUUCAGGCCUGGCAACUGAUGACCUUGCCCGUAGCAUCUCACCUGAUUUGCUCGAAGGAGAUGAUGAAGUAGAUGGUGGUACAGGUGGUGCUUAUAACGAGGAUGACAGUAUCUUGCUGGUUGAUGGAGGGUUGGCAGCUGCGGCAGAGGCAGCAGCUGGAGUGGGAGAUGAGGGAGAAGGGGGAGUGCUGCAGCCUGUGGUGUUGCCGCUGACUCUUCGCAUCAUGGCUCAGGUGCCUGUCUUUGUGCAUACCACGGGGGGUGGCAAGCAGUUGAUGGAUAUUGGUGCUCGCUUGUACGUGUCUGUCUUUGUGCCUACCACGGGAGGUGGCAAGCAGUUGAUGGAUAUUGGUGCUCGCUUUUAUGUUGGUUGA